GAGGAGAUAAGCCUGAGUGGUUGUGGUGGUGGUCCUGGUGUCCUCCCUGACUGUCACUUCAGCGCAGUGCAGGACUUGCUCUCUCCCUGACUGCAACAUGCACUCCAACAGACCCACAGCCAUCAGUGUCAGCGCAGACACCAGCAUCCCAGCCGGCCUGCGCCUUGGUCCCCUAGUGGGCAUCUUCAAACUGGGGAAGUACCUCUCAGACCGCAGGGAGCCUGGACCAAAGAAAAAGGUAUUAGUACUUUUUUAAAAUGUAUUUCCCCCCCCAUUAUUUGGAUGACUUUUCUGCUUGGUGGCAAUGCAGGUGGUAAUCGAACGUUCUAAGGAGGAUUGCAAGCUUUUUAACAUUGCUACAUUAUAACCUGGGCUGCAAUGACCCCACUCUUACCUGACCCUCACCAGUUGAAGAAGGAUCAUUAGAGGGUGUUUUUUCGGGAAUAGAUGAAAGCCACUGUAGCUUGAUCUGCUCAGGUGUAUAUAUUUGGAUUUUUUUGGCAUUGAGGUUCAAUGAAAUGGAGACUGAAGAGGCAUUAUGUGAUGUUACAUGCUAAGGAGAGCUCCCUGUUAUAAUGGAUAGCAUCACAUCAAAGAAGAGUACCACUGUGUAUUAUUUACAUGGUAUAAGGCUGAUAUGUUUCCUUAUACCUAUAUGUUUUAUUUUGGGUUUUUAAAUAUAACUAUAUAUACACAUACACUCAUACUAAAUAUGUAUGUGUAACUUUGCGCAGUUUAUAUAGAUAAAAAAAACAGAACUUGCUUUAUUAUUAUUCAAUACUGGUUUUAUUUUUGAUGCUGAUAGAAAAGUAUGAUUAGAUAGAUAGAUAAAUAGAUAGAUAGAUAGAUAGAUAAAUAGAUAAAUAAAUAAAUAGAUAGAUAGAUAGAUAGAUAAAUAAAUAAAUAAAUAGAUAGAUAGAUAGAUAGAUAGAUAGAUAGAUAGAUAGAUAGAUAGAUAAAUAGAUAGAUAGUAAAAUCUACUUUUUGUUUUAUUUAAAGACAUACCAUAUCAUAACAUAUUCUAGUAAGUAAUGUUAAUUUACAUCACAGUUUGUAAGAAAAAUAAAGAUAGAUAGAGAGAUAGAUAGAUAGAUUCAAUUAAUUAUUUCAGUAGUCAAUAGAGUAGUCCAUUAUGGUAAUUUGGAAACAUGUUUCGUUAGUAAAAAUGCAGAUUCCAAUUUGUUUACAUGAGAAUAGUUAUAUCAAUAACUGGUUUACGUUCGAUAGCUAUAUUAGAAAACAAACAAACGUUUUGAUUGACGUCUACUUCUAACUGGUUAGAAUUUUUGGCAUGAUAUUAAAAAAAAAAUAGUUAACAAAAAUAGGUAAUGAUAGUUCGACUUAUCUGUUGAAGAAGCGAUAUGGAAAAUCUAGACCUAAAAUUUAUUUUAGACUUGGUUUUCAUAUAAUUAUUUAUAAUUAUUUUAACUUGUUAGCUCACUUGAAAUGUUAUAUAUGUGUAAAUUAUAUACACAACAAAACGCAACAUACCCUUAGGAAUAUUCAGGGCAUCAUUAAUGAAUUGAUGUUAAAAUAUAUAUUUCUUUAACAAAGCUAAAACAAAAGAAUGCAUUUAUCGGUAAAUUAUUAACUAUAACCAAAACUAACAAAGGUACCAAAUCAUUGUCUUUUGUCCCACGUUCCGCAUUGACUUUUAAUGCCUUUUAAUUGUUUUUAAACGCCCUGCCAGCCUCCUGAAAUGUAUUUCUCAUCAUCUGGCACUCUUAGCUUCUCACAUUAGUCUGCUUUGUUAAUAUGACUUUUAUUACUGGCCCAUUGAGCGGCGCCUUGAUAUGCCUCUUACUAUAUAGCUCCUUUGGGUAUUAGGUUAUUGACUUGAUCUCUCCCAAUAGAAGCAGGGCCACAAACGUGAAUAAAGUAAAUGCUUUGUAGCCUGAGGCUGGAGACUGGGAGUCACAAGGGGCAAAGGGGAAACGUGUCAGGAAUGAACUUGAACCUUUUUGCUAUCAGAAUGCCUUUCAUGUAUAUAUUUAUAUCUAAUAGUUUGCGUGUACUCAUCUGUGUAACGCAACUGCAUAUAUACUACAAUAGUCCUUUAUGUAUAGCUAUAGCUAAUAAUAUCUAAUACCCAAUACGUACAUCUAAAAAUAUCACUCAUAUGUACGUACAUGUGUAUGCAGCCAUAUAUAACACUUUCUAUGCUCUCUCUCUCUAUAUAUAUAACUAUAACAACUGUUUUUACAUCUACAUAUAACACUGUAUGUAUACCUAUAUAUCCACACACACUUAUAUUUAACACUCUGUGUGUAUACCUAUAUUUAGUCAAUUUGUAUGUGUAUCUGUGUAUAACACUCUGUGUGUAUUUUGUAUGUGUACCUCUGUAUAACACUCUGUCAAUAGUCAAUUUGUAUGUGUACCUCUGUAUAACACUCUGUGUGUAUAUCUACAUAUAGUCAAUUUGUAUGUGUACCUCUGUAUAACACUCUGUGUGUAUACCUAUAUGUAGUCGAUUUGUAUGUGUACCUCUGUAUAACACUCUGUGUGUAUACCUACAUGUAGUCAAUUUGUAUGUGUACCUCUGUAUAACACUCUGUGUGUAUACCUAUAUGUAGUCGAUUUGUAUGUGUACCUCUGUAUAACACUCUGUAUGAAUACCUGUACCUAACACACCUGUAUAUACCUGCAUCUAACACUCCUAUAUGUAUACCUAUAGACUCAGCAGAUAUACACAUACAAAGUGAUGCAGGAGGUAUCUUGGAUGGGAGUCAGUCAGUGACUGGAGCUAUCUUUUCUGCAGGUGCGGUAUGUGAGAGGGGAGAUCCUGGAUGAAGCAGGAAGUCCUGCCCAGGAAUGGAUAGGGUUAAUCCGUGCUGCCAGGAACGGCCAGGAGCAGAACCUUGAGGCUAUCUCGGACCUUCCAGGAGGACAGGUAAAUCCCAACAUUCUAUUUACAUUCCAUAUAGUACAGAUCACGUGGGGUGCCAUUAGAGUGAUUAUCUUAUUAGCAUAAUAGCUGUUGGUAUUAUUUAUUAAUUCAGUUAUUUAUUUAUUUUUUUAAAUCUUUUAUUUGUAAAUAUCUGUUUAUGUCGACAAGAGGUUCUUCCGUCAUAGAUUAUUAUUAUUUUUUGUAUGAAUCAAGCAUAACAUAGAACGGUAUGGUACACAGCACGCAGGUCUGUGUCAGUUAAGGGUAAAACCAUGGAACUCGCAGGUUCCCUGAACAUUUAAGCAGCUUGUGAGACACGCGGGUCUCCAUUGUUUUUGGGUUAGCUGUAUUAAUUAAGUUUUGUUAGUUAUAGCACACGAAUAUACUCCGUUUUCGUUUGAUAAUGGAGUAUAUUUAUUAAACAGCGUGGUUUAGUUAAUAUGCCCUAUUAUCCCAACUGUUCCGUCUCCCUAUUGCUAGGGAGCAAUUUACUGACGGACACAGAGGGCAUUUACUCCAUAAGCAAUGAAUUUGGCAAAUUUGGAUACAUAUUUUUAGUUAUUUAAGGAGCGGCAAUGUGUUUAGCGUAAUAUAGCAAACUUGAUUUUUACAUUUAUUUAUUUUUUUUGUAAAUAAACCCCAACUAUGUAGUAUUUGCAUUACUCUUAAAUUAUGCUUUAUUAUCCAAUUAAAAACAGCAGUUCUCAGACCUUUAGUGUUAGCCAUUAUUUUUUCCUUCUUUUCUUACGAUUAACUAAACUCUAAAUUGCACCGAACAAGAAUCCAGACCGCAAAAACAGUUUAAUGACAGCCCUGACAAUAGAAAGAUACUAUUUCAUAGAGUGUAAAAAGUGGAGCCAUUGACCCCUGUUUGAUGUUCCCCAGAUUUACUACAGGACACUCCGGGAAGUGCAGGCAGGAGAAGAGCUCACUGCCUGGUACUCCAAUUCUCUGGCUCAAUGGUUUGACAUCUCAACUACUGCAACUCCCACCCACGACGAGAAAGGUAUCCAACAUUCCUUAUACUUUCUAAAUUUAUACAUUUAUUGCAGGAAACGAAAUAUUUGGAUUUUUCCCGUGCCUCCGUAAUUACUUCACAUAAUCUAAGAAAAAAAAUAAUAAUAAAAAAAAUAAAUACCUAAAAGAAAAAACUAAAAAGAAAAAAUAUAUAUAGUGCAAAAAGUAAAAUAAGACAUAAUUAAAUAAAAAAACUAAAAAAUAUUGAGGAAAAGAAAUAUAUAGUUAUAUAGAUAGUGAUAUAUAUAUAUAUAUAUAUAUAUAUAUAUAUAUAUAUAUAUAUAUAUAUAUAUAUAUAUAUAUAUAUAUAUAUAUAUAUAUAUAUAUAUAAAGUGAUGUAUAUGGAUGCGUUGGAGCAUAACACACCAUGUGAUUUAUGGUUGUAAUCUCAUUAUGUUAAUUUAAUCCAAAUUUUAGAACUAAGGAGACUUGCUAUUAAUGGACCACAAUUAGAUAUAUGCGCAUAUAUGUAUAGAUAUGUGUACACACACACACACACACACACACACGCUCUCUCUUUGUAAUGUGUGGCUUUACUUGUGUAAUAUGCUCUGUGUGUGUGAUGCAUGUGACUGUGUAACUGUGACUGUGUGCAGUGUGUAGUAUGUGCGUCUGCUAGAGAUUCCGUGUAUGAUAUAGAUAAACACACUGCAGAAACAUAUCACUACAUAUUAUUUUCAUAUUCACAAUCUUUUGUUUAUUUUAUUAACCGUUAAAUGCACAAAAGGUAGCGCUCAAAGACGUAUUAAAACUACUGUCAAGUAAUGAUAAAAAAAAGCAACAGUUUAUUACAUAUAUUACUCAAUCGCUACAUUAUAAAUAAAAUUGAAUCUGAUUUAAAAUAUGUUUCCGAAAAUAAGAUGUUUAUACAAUUGUAAAUGGCAGUUUUUUUUGUUUUUUUUCCCCUUUUUGUACAGCGCUUCGCAAUAUGCUGGAGCCUUUAGGCAGGCAUAUUUUUUUAAAUUCGUUCAAUAUCUGACUUUUAACCAAGUAUUGCUUCAUUUGGCUGCACAGGUAUUACAUGGUAGCAUUAAGCUUUUUCGCGAGUUUUGUGAUGAGCAGAUAAGUGAAUUGAAAAAUAAAGCCAAAAAUAAACAAAUUAAAAGUUGGGAAAUCGGGAAAAUCGUGUCUUUUCCCCCAUAUCGGUUGUUUCCCCCUACGCAAACAGCUCUCUGUUAAGUAAAUCCGUUUUUGGUAUGAAUGCUUUUAAAAAAAGAUUUCAUAAGAACAGCUAUAAAAAAUAUUUUAUCUCGAAGAACAAACAUGUGCAAUCCUUAUAUUCUUAAACACAACGAAUAAAAAGCAUAUUUCUAACGCAGCUUUCUCACUAUCAGAUGUGGGAUCUCCUUGAUUUUACCUGCAAAAAACAUAAAUAAACAAAACACGCGUUCAAAUUAAGAUAAUAAUAAUAAUAAUACAAGUUCAAAAAGUAACAAAAUAGGUUUCACAAAAUUGAAAUUUCUCCCUUCCAAACAAAAUGUUAUUUUGAAUGUUAAUAUUUGUGUAUAUUAACUGGAAUAUUCUCCCACGAAUUAAUCUGUUCACAACCAGUCUCCAUAAAGAAAGAAAAUUAGAAUUGAUGAUCAUUUUGGACAAAGAUAUGCUAUAUUUUUUAACGCGCUUAUACACCAACUACACAGCACCAAGAAACAGACAGAAUUAACCCCUUGCCCUAUAUGAUAUAAUGUUCAUUUAGCUAGUUCCUUCAUUUUAAUUCUUAUAAUAGUUAACAAUUUCCAAAGUUAACCAAAAAUAUAUUGCCCAUAUUAAAUGUCCCCAGAUCCCGUCCUUGUGUUCUGAUUUGAGUGAGGUGCAUUGAUACUGUACACAGAUGCUAUGAAUGCCUCAUAUAGAAUCAUAGCUCUCAGAGGUCACCCUAAAGCAGGGGGCUGUACCUUUAAACCCAUUGUAUCUGGGAGGAAGAAUGGCUGGAUACAGAUCCUUCAUACAUAUUGUCUUUGUAGUGGAAACUCACCAUCAUUAGACCUUUUGUUGUGAGGAGUCCUAAACUGGCCGACAUACGCUACCUAUUCUCCUAAUGUCAACAGAUGGAGCAGAUCCCAGUGCAAGGCAUAGCUGCCUCCUUCUGGGGUCCCAUGACAGCAGCUGUCAUGGUCUAGUCUGAGUCACAAAGGGUUAAACCAUGCUCUGAUAGUAAAAUCACACUGCGCUGCAUGCACAACACACACAAGGAUGAAUAGUCUUUGAAUACUGUGAGAAUCACUGGCAUGACUUGGCUCUGAAAUAGGGGGGGAAAAAAACCCACAAGGCUAUUCAGAUAACCUUCACUGGAUGCUCAUUUGUUGCCAUUAGAAGCAACUGUGCAUCUUUAGAGGAUGAUAAAUGACAGACAGCUAAUAAAAUAUAUAAUGUAUAUAUUUUGUGCUCUGCAUAAUUGACAUUUUGUAUAUAUUUUAAGUAUAUAUUUUAGGUAGAUAAAAAAAUAUAUAUAUACAAUGUAUCUAUUUGAUGCUCUGCAUGCUGACAUUUUGUAACAUACUAAGCAUUAGUUUUAUUUUUUUUUAAUCUCAUACACUGGGCCAUGUGAAUUUAUACCAUGAUUUUUUUAUUUUUUUUUAACAGGGGAAGAGAGAUACAUUUGCUGGUAUUGUUGGAGAACGUUUAAAUACCCCAACACCCUGAAGGCUCACAUCCAUUUCCACUGCACACUGAACAACGGCAGGGGAUUUCUAAACAACGAGCAAGUCAGAAGUUCAGAACUGUUCCCUGGGUCCCCCAAAAUCUCUGAUGGGGUGUCAGGUGCUACCCCUCCUCUGAGAGGCAACCUUCAGCAUGCAACCAGGGACCACAUUAAAAGGGAGUCAUCAUUGUCUCCUGCAUUGAGCAAGUUGGGGGUGAUCAAGAAGGCUCUUGGGAAGGAGGAACAGGACAGGGCGCUUGAUAUGAGUGUAGGUUCAGCAAAGAACCAUGGACAAUUUAUUGGUAUAGUGGGCAAUGCUUGUGGAGGGAACGGCAUGGCCUUUUAUCCAGGCAUCAGGUCUGCUUUUAAACCCACUGGACUAUCCAAGUUACCUCAUGCUGAUUCAUCCAGAGAGGACACAAAAGCCAAUGGCUUGGGUUUUAGCAAACAUUUGGGAGGUAUCAAACCAAACCGCUCAGGAAAUGACGCUUUGGUCGGCAAUCACCAUUCCAAGUGCUUACACCCUGGAGAUGGACCUUCCAAUGUCCUGUCCUGUUCCACAGGCCUGAGGGGCUUUCCCAUCCUUUCUCACUUGGAUGAAACAUCUGCUUUCAAACACGUGGAAAGGGGAAUCCAUGCCAGCCUUUCCCCCACCAGUCGCUACAACCAAGUACCACCAGCGGGGCUUCACUUUGAGAGGUUCUCCAUCCCACCUUUUGAAGGCAUCAAGUCCUACUCAACGGAAUGUAACAUCCCGGUCAUGCCUUUCACUGUGUACAACGGGGAGCUCCUCUACAGCACCCCAUACUACCCUUUCAAGUUCCACUUCAGCAACCUCAUUAAGUAUCCGGAGUCCAUGUCUUACUUCAACGCUGGACCAGCCAUGAACCCAGACUUGGGUUCCAUCACCACCAGCAUUGACCGUGAGAUAGCUAUGCACAGCCACCAGCUCUCUGAGAUAACUUCUGAGAAGAACAGGGUGGGCAGGCUGGAGACCAUUGCAGGGGCUGCUGCCCCAGGAACUGGCAAACCCAAAAAGGGCCACCUCUGCCUCUACUGUGGCAAACUGUACUCUCGCAAAUACGGCCUGAAGAUCCACAUGAGGACUCAUACAGGGUAUAAACCCCUCAAAUGCAAGGUCUGCCUGAGACCAUUUGGGGACCCUAGUAACUUAAACAAGCACAUCCGUUUGCACGCAGAGGGGAACACCCCUUACCGCUGUGAGCAUUGUGGCAAGGUGCUUGUGAGGAGAAGGGACUUGGAAAGACAUGUCAAGUCCAGACAUCCAGGACAGAGUCUGAGUAGUAAAGACCAAGAACAGACUGACCCAUCAUUCUCUCAGCCAGAGGCUAAAAGUGAGGACAAUGACAGUGAGGUAGAUGUGUGUUUCACUGAUGAACAAAGUGAUCAGGACACAGGGGGCAGCAAAGAGCACUGAAGCAGCAAAUAUACAGAGACAGAUGUUUAUAUAACUAUAUCAUAUUAAAUAUGCAUAUAUGCAGAUGUAUUAUACAUGUACAGUAUGGAUUUGGAUGUAUCUAUUUAUGUGAUUCUAAACGGAAUUAUUCAAACUUUUGGGCUCCAGUUAGCAGAUUAACUUUUUACAUUAUCUUUGUUAGUGAAUGGGGAAAAAAAAAGAGGAAAUGUGGGUUUGAAUGUGUGUUAGUGGUCUGACACAGGUGUGAAUGUGACAAUGGACCAUAUGGGAUCAAAGUGGCACUUUUUCUUUGCUAAGAAAAUAAUUCUGGUGUUAUAACAUUUUUCACUGACUAAUUUUACGAUGGGUCCCCUAUAUAGUUUUAAUAUUUAAAUUCCUACAGAGGUGAUGAAACUCAACUUAUUUCUUAAAAAUGAUUUAUGCCUUUAUAUAUCGCUCCUAUCUAUACCUACCCAGUGCUCUCACAUUGCAGAAGAGGGCAUCAAUCAUUAUAUUGUACAACUAGGGUGUGAUACUGGACAGUUUAAUAAGGUACCAAAAUGAAAGACAAUGGCCUGGUUACUUUAAAAAACACUCGCAAUUUAUGGUAAUAUGUUUUUCAAAAUGUUUUUUUUCUAGCCCAUUCAAUAAAUGUAUCAAAUAUAUUUUAUUAUUCUGGUCAAUGUAACGCAAUGAACAUAUUGUAAUACUAUUGUGGAUUUUAAUGAAUUACUUGUUGGGCCACCUGUUUUGAAGGGUGAACCCAAACUCACUCACUGUUUAAAAUGCUCUUUGAUAUUCUGAAAGUUGUGUAGGUUUGUAUUUUUUAUUUUAAUAACAGAUGGUGUACAGUGGAUACAGUUAUUUGGUUUUGGUUAAGUUUGUUAUGCG